AUGGAAUUACCUGAGUGCAAUGACACUUCUUGGAAAUCUAAAUUUAUAGAUGGAUUACCCGCCCUUUUUGCAGAAAGAGUUCGAAAAACUCUUAGGAAAGGGGAAGUUAGUAUCAAUUAUGAUAAUUAUACUUAUGGAAAGUUAAUAGGAACAUGUAUGCAGGAAGGCUUAGCUUUAUGCAAUGAGAUCAAGCUGAAUCAACAAAUUAAGAGACAUGGUCUGAAUAAGAGACAACAAUUAGGAGAAUUUUGUGAAAAAUUUGUCAAGGAGAAAAUUAAGAACCUUGACAUUGAUGAUGACCUAAAAGAAUCUUUAUACAAGAUUUUAUUAAAUUCAGAACCGGAAGAUUCUGGUUUUGAGUCUGAUAAUUCGGAGGACUCUUCAUCAAAUGAAGAUCUUAGAGUUCUUGAGAAUGAGGAUUAUACCUCUACCAGUUCAGAUGAAGAAUGUGCACCAUGUCAAAUGGGACAGCCAUGCACUGGCAAGGGUAAUAAAGAAAAGGAUGAGUUUUAUAAUCUCUUCUCUCAAUUCCAAAAUACCAAUGUCAAUGUUUUAGAUGAUACAGGAAUCACCAGGUCCAUACACCAUGUCAGAAGUAAAAAAAAACUUCUUCAACAACGGAGAAAUAUUAUAACUACUCCAGCCAUAACCCAAGAUUUGGAAAAAGAGAUUGAUGAUCUCAAACAGGAGAAUCCCACCCUUAAACAACAUAAUAUGAUUUUAGAUGAGAGAAUAUCUAGAAUCGAGGACAGGGGGAAACAAGUUAUGGAAAUUCCAGCAGAUAAUAUUAUAGAAGAUACAUCUGUGGAAGGAAGUACCAGUAAAGAAGGAAAUUUUUGA